GUAGACUGGACGUCGUCUGUUUUUUGAAACCUUCGACUUUCUUGAACUUGCAGUGAAUCACACGCAUAGACUACACUCGAAUCCCCUAGAGAUGCCAACACACCUCCAUGAACAAACAUUCUCCUUGAUCUCACCUUCUCCCGUCUAGCUAUCAUUUAGAUGGCUCUUCAUCAUGGUAUCUAGCCUCGAGUACUUCGGAUAUAUAUCUCUCGAGGUUAGGUACAUGUAGUGGAAGGUUGAGCUGGGGAACUGUGUUGCUGCUGGCGGACAACAGAAGGGUUAUGAGCAGUAUGCCUUAUGCCUUUAUACUAUUUCUAUAUAAAUCAUCCCAGCCGAUACAAGAGUCCCUGAGCUAUUCAGCUUCAAUACUGUUGUGAUCCUUUCACAUACCGAGCGCUAGCACCAGUAAGAAGACAUGAUACUGUAUUUCGAUGGCCAAAUCUCGAGGUCAACUUGACAGCAGCUCAGCUUCGAAUAUUGCCAUUGUUAUUAGUCGUGAUGGAAAAGGGGCGCCGGCGGGCACUCCGAGGUUUAAACAGAAGCCCAAGAAACAUAAAUGUAUGAUAUCAUGUAAAAUGGAUGUACCUACACUGAUGCAUCAAGCUGUUCCCAGCUUGUGUUUGUAUGAAACUUGAUUUAUCAACAGAAAGAGAAAAAAAAGGGAAGAAGAGGAAAAGAGCCAAGGAGGACGCCGAAUGGUAUUCAGCAAGGUCUAUCAAAAUCUCCCCUAUUGUCUCGUAUCGAGGCAUUGAAAGCUUGAGUAGUGUUCCUGAAUAACGUCCUGUUGUGUAAGCUGGGGUUGUAUGAUUUAGGCUUGGGCAAUGUGGGGCACUUAACGCGCUUCAUUUUCAAGACGCGUCCCGAUUGUAUCCUAUGGUAAAGCUGAGCAUAUCGAUCCAAUACCUUUCCUAGAAUCAAGGAUCCUUUUCAACAGUUGCACGAGGGAUAACUCAACUCGAAACCAUAGACAUGGCACCAACGGAAGCAGAGCUCCUUGCAAAUUACCUCAUCCAGCCAUCUCCUUUGACCGCUAUCGUCACACUCGAGCAAUUCAAAGCCCUCUUUCCCCGUCCACUACAAUCCUCACCUCAGGUUCGAUCACUCUUUCGAGAUCUACAGGCUCAACGCACAGAUCUUCUCGACCAAGUCGCCGAGAACAUCGCACAUGAAGCGAAACGAGGGAUCACAAUGCGGCGAGAAGUCGUGCGGGCUAAGCGCGAGGCAGAGCGAGAGGAUAUAGACGGCGAGAUUGAGAUGGAGCGAGCACUAUUUGGAGAUGCUUCAGGUGCAGCGAGUGCCAAACAUACUCUCAACUCUGUUAUUCCAGAACUUGAGGGUGCCGCAGGUGCACUACAUGCCGAACUUGCACAUUUGAAAGAGGAAGAAGCAACUUUACUCGACUCUGUACAACAGACUAUAGGAGCAUUGAGCGAUCUACGAUAUGGGAAAUUCGCUAAUGGUCGAAUAAGCGAGGGGGUUAUUGAUGGCCUCAAAAACGUGGAAGCAGCUUGCGAAAACAAGUCAUGAACGAACAGAUCACUUCAAGGGCGUCUGCAACUUCACGAGAAUAAUCACGAUCUCUCCGAGCCAGAAACUUCAUAUAUUUGCACGACAAAUCAACAUUUUCCCAGACAUCGAACAAUUUGACGGUUCCAUCACUAAAGUCUGUCAAGUGUUUGCUAAGACCGAAUUAUUGGGCGCGCUGAGCACCAGCCUGGGGGGCACCGUUGACGCCUUGCAUGCGACGGGACCUGGUACUAUUAGUAUCAAUGUUUAUUUGGCUCAGGGGUUGAGAUAACUCACAUCAUGGCGCGGCUACCGAAAGAGACAACGAGCAUGAAGAGCCAGUUGGGGAUGAGACCCAUAGCCCACAUGAGGUAGCCGAAGGGAACAGCUACGCCGUACUCGGCAAGCUUGCCGUUGAAGGGAUGGAACCAGCUGCUGUCAAUGCGAUGGAACUGGUCCUUGCUACCGGACUCGUGGAAGGCAACCAGAGUGUCGGAGGUUGUGGUAGUCAAGUUAAGCCUCUUGCUGUAAAUCUCGACGGGCGCAGGUUCGGGGAGCAUCUCAAUGAUAUAGAGGCUGGCGGGACCCGCAGACCAGGCAUUGCAGAGAAUGGGCUGGUUGUCGCAAUUCAAGUAGGCCAUAUGGGGGGUGUUGUCGAGGAGCGCAAACUUGGCAGCGGUCUCGUUGAAGGCCUGCUCGACAGUUCCGCAUCGACCUGUAAUUGCAUGUUAGUAAGAGUUCAUUACGACUGACACGAUGGCAAUAAAAAAUUAUGGCAUAAAUCAUAUA